UCUCUUGAACAAGAUCGAGGGACACUCGGACGCUGUCAACGCGGCCGUUCUGAUACCAAAUGAAGAAGGAGUGAUCACGGUCAGCGAGGACAGGUGAGUUGUUGUUUUUUUUUUUGGCCGAGCUGGCUAACGGGAGUAGCUUUGGGCUCCGUCUAUUUGCUGGUCAUGACAAACUAAGGGGAGUAGCUAGCGGGCUCCGUCUAUUUACUGGGCAUGACACUCAUAAGUCUUGGUGCAACCGUAAUAGUAAACCGGAAUAUAUAUGUUUUUUAUUCUAUAAUAAUGAGCUUUACGACUCAAUAUCCCUGCACGUAGCGGUAUUAUAAUGUUGUUGUUGUUGACUUAGCGCUAACAAGCUAGCUAGUAUAGUAAACAUUACUUUCUCUGCUGCCUUCAAGUGCCACUCGUAAUCUAUAAUAUUUAAUUCGUCGCAAGGGUUUAUAAUGAAACGCUUGUAGCUGGACCUUGUUUAAAAGAGUCUAUAAUUACUGACCGGUGUUUGGUUAGAUGAAAACAAUAAGAACAAAAGGCAAGUUGUUUAUUUAUUGUAUUUAUAAGUUGCUUUGUAAUGAUUGACAUCCAAGCUUCGCAUGAUUUUAAUAUGCCCUUAAACGUCACAUUUUGACAACUGGGUACAGUACCAUUUUUCUUUUUGCAUAAUCUGACAGACCUCUUCCCUUUGCUCUGUGUCAAGGUGUAACAGGGUUCACAUCAGUCCACCACUGUCACUGGAAGUGAUACCAGAACCAUCCGGGUCUGGCUGAAAAGAGACAGCGGCCAGUACUGGCCCAGCAUCUACCACACAGUCUCCUCGCCGUGCUCCUGCAUGUCGUACCACCAUGACAGCAGACGCAUCUUCAUCGGCCAGGACAAUGGCGCUGUUGUGGAGUUUCUCAUCUCUGAAGAUUUCAACAAGAUGAUCCACGUCAAGACUUAUCCAGCCCACCAGAACCGCGUGUCAGACAUGGUGUUCUCUCUGGAGAGUGAGUGGGUGGUGAGCACCGGCCACGACAAGAGUGUGAGCUGGAUGUGCACCCAGAGCGGCAGCAUGCUGGGGAGGCACUACUUCACGGCCUGGGCCUCCUGCCUACAAUACGACCACGAGACGCAGCACGCCUUCGUCGGCGACUACUCUGGUCAGAUCACGCUGCUGAAGCUGGAGAAGCAGACGUACUCCACCAUCACCACGCUGAAGGGUCACGAAGGUAGCAUAGCGACCCUGUGGUGGGACCCCGUCCAGAGGCUGCUGUUCUCGGGGGCCGCAGACCACAGCGUCAUCAUGUGGGACAUAGGGGGCCGCAAAGGACGGACGCUACUGCUGCAGGGACACCACGAGCGCGUUCAGGCCGUUCGUUUCCUCCAGUUGACGAGGCAGUUGGUGUCGUGCUCGGCCGACGGAGGCAUGGCGGUGUGGAACAUGGACACACAGAGAGAAGAGGCGCCUCAGUGGUUAGACAGCGACUCGUGUCAGAAGUGCGAGCAGCCGUUCUUCUGGAACAUCAAGCAGAUGUGGGACACUAAGACCCUGGGGCUCAGACAGCACCACUGCAGGAAGUGCGGCAAGGCUGUGUGUGGGAAAUGUAGUUCUAAAAGCACCACGUUCCCAAUCAUGGGCUUCGAGUUCCCGGUGCGGGUGUGUGACGCCUGCUUCGAUACCUUCAAAGAAGAAGAUCGGACACCUUUGGCCACGUUCCACGAGGGGAAGCACAACAUCGCUCACAUGGACAUGGACCCAUCCAGAGGCCUGAUGGUCACCUGUGGAAGCGACCGCAUUGUCAAGAUCUGGGAUGUGACGCAGGUGGUUGGCUGUAGCUUAGCAACAGGCUUCUCUUCGCGCUGAUUGGCUCGGUCCCAACUCCACCCACUCCUCCGGCCUCCGCCCACUCUUCCAAUGUCAUGGAAACCCCUUUGUACAGUAUCUCUUCUUCCCCCCGCCUGCCUCCCCAUCACUCCUGGGAGUGUGUGUGUGUGUGUGUGUGUGUGUGUGUGUGUGUGUGUGUGUGUGUGUGUGUGUGUGUGUGUGUGUGUGUGUGUGGUGUAGCCCAGCCCUCCACAUUCCUUUUGCUUCUCAAACAUUUAAUUUCACUUCCUGUCAGUCCAACAUGAAAGUGUGUGUAUGAGUAAUGUUUCGACUUCUCGCUCUGAACCCUAAGCACAAGUGUGCGUGUGUGUGUGUGCAUGCAUCGUAAUGAUUUCUCCGACGAGAGGAAUGGUAUUGAUAUUAGUGUUUAUAUUAAUAUUUCCGAUGCUUCUUUGGACGAAAGGUCUUUCUUUUUUUUAUUACCGUUGCGCUGUAAAGUUCACUAAACCGCCGACCUGGCAGUCCUGUACAAACAUUCACUAGCUUGCUUUAUGACUGUGGCCCACUAACUGCAUCUUACUCACUGUAACAGUCAUCCAUCACGUGUACGUAGCCCUGCAUCACGUGUGUAUAGCCGGUAGCUGCUUGAAGUGACUCUCACUGAUCCAAGCGAUCAGCUGUUUUCCGUCUCUUUCCGUUUUGUUUUUCUUUCACUAGUUGGCCUUAAAUCGCUCUCAGGAGGUUUUACAUCGGUAGGUUGUCACUGGACGGGGUUUCUGUCAUUGUCAGUUGUCACCGUUAUUAUUAAUGUGGAAUCACAACAAAACAAACAAUGGAACAGCCUCUUUCCUGAUAUAUAUGAAUCCUGAGGUGUCUCUGUAUUAGUGUGGUGAUUCACAGCGUUACAGGUUUGAGUCUCCAACUUCAUUUUGGUAAAGGUUAAAACAGAAAGGUGCACUCAGUGUAGUGCAUAUCUCCGCCAGGUGUUUCUGCAACGACCACCCGAUUGGCUAAAACAAGCAACUAUGCAUGCAGGUAAACGGCUCGAAGUCGUCUCGUAACUUACUUCAUACAAUCUGGCUUAAACAAAAUUAAACCCGCAGUGAUGUACUCAGCAGCGUGCGUACCUGUAGUUCCGUCAUCCGUCACACUGUCCAAAACACUAAAAGUGAGAUCACUGCUUCCCUGACUGUGGGCACAGUAGUAGCGGCUGUUAGUCGGCGAUGCACUUCAGACUGAGGGGGUUAGUGAGUGAGAAGUCAGUCAAUGGCAGAAUAACACGGGUAAUAAAAGUCACAGCAAAAGAAAGCGAGAGGUCCUUCAACAUGCAGCCGUAACUGGCCACCCAAAAAUAUUUGAUAUUGGCCGCGGACGGACACGGAGGUGCACACUCACUCACGAACACACAUGCGCGAUUCUCCUGGCGGAGAUAACGAUAGCACGGCAUCACCGCCCCCACUUAGAUAUGUAUCACUCCCUUUAGAACCCGAGAUUCUGAUGCAUCAUGAGAAUUACUUUUCAUCUCAUAAAAAUAUAAAUAUCUCCAUUUUUUAAAUGGCGUAAAAUUGGAGAAAGGCACUUAAAACGGUACUCAAAAAAACUACAAGUAGCACUAAGUUCCGGCGUGUUGAAUCGUGGCGGUAUCAAUCCGGGGGGCUGCCUUACAGAGAAGGACACACUCACGAAGAAGCCUUGUUAUCAGUGCUCACGACUGUUCGCGCACCUCGUUCUAAAGCUCUACAUGUUUCCUUCCAGUCUGUUUCUGUUUUUCAUUAUUGCAAAUUCUAACUCCCGCCCUUCCCUAAACGCACGCGUCCGCGUAUCAACGCUCUCUCGCCACUGCACUGAAUUGCACAACUCGUGGUCUUUUUGUCUUUUUGAAUUAAACAAAAACAUAUUUUGUAAGGCUUGAUUUAUAGCUGGAUUGGAUGUAGCGUCCUUUGUAAAUAACAGCCGGCGUCUCCUAGUGUUUAGACUCAACGCUCGCCUUAUUGUAAGUGGGGGGGAGAAAAAAAACUAAAUUAGCAUCAUAAUGUUGGAAUUCCUGAUUUCAAAAUGUAGUCACAUUCCAGGUUUUUGAUCAUGUAGUGUAUAUUUGUAGUAAAGUAUUUAUCUAUUAUCGUUGUCAGUGGUUGUUUACUCUUCUUACUCCACGAUGUUUACAUGUCACACAGUAAUACUUGGGAUUAGACUGAAGGGCUGAUGAUUAGUCAAUCUGUCAGUAGCCAAUAUUUUUGCAUGAAUGUUUAUUUAAAUUUAAUAUUUUUUAAUUUCUGUCCUUUUUGUUGUUUUCCUCUAAGAACAAAAUUUUGGUGCAGGAACGUCUGUAUUCUGGAAGCUUUGGGAUAAAACAUUUCUUGAAUUACAAAUUACAUAUAUAUAUAUUAAAGCUCCAUGAAUUGACUGGUAAUUUAAUAUAUUAUAUUUAAUAAAAGAAAAAAGCUUAAAGGCUCCGUAGAGCUACGUCACUAAAAACACAUUUCAUGUUAUUACGUUUUAGUUAUUUCAUCCAAUUCUACUACAAAAAUAUUGAUUUGUUUAAUUUGAACUACUUGAAAAGAGUAAAUAAAAUGUGCACAAUGUAUUUUUUGGGAGGUUGUUCCUGUAAAUUCUGUUUGAAACUCUUUAGCUGCUUAACACACCGCUAUGCUAGCCGCUAACUUUGUCUGCCGUUUGGUGACCGUAGAGUUUGCAAGCUGGGAAAACAAAACGAGCAGCUAAAAGAAGCUUUUUGGAGCUGCAUACUUGUUUUGGGCCACUUGGUGGCAGCAGAGCAACGCGUAAAGAAACUGUAACAUAUUGUCAACACAACAUAUUGGCACCUUCUGAGAUCACUAGCUGACUUUUUCUCUUUUAAAUAUGUUAACCAGCUAGCCACUAAGUGUCUGUCUGCCAUGAAGUUGUAAAAAAAACGCUGCUUUUUGCUGCUGAUGAUGAAAGCGGAAAGUUUGAAACAAAAUCAAUAAAUUCGAAAAUCAGUCCUUUGAUCCUUGCUUAAUAUAAAAAUAUUGAUUAGUGCAGCUUUUCAAAAUGUCUUCAAGGCUCUUCUUAAUGUAGCUGAAACUGCGAUAUUAAAAACACACAAUUUAUUUAGUCAAAUGGGAAUAUUGGCGAGCUGAUCUCAGUCCAACCCUAAGUAUCGUAUAGCGGCGUGUCACAAAGCGUCAUUGGGGUCUACAGGAUUAUUGACGAAUGCUACCGAACAAUCAGGAUCCAAAACUCAUCGUGUGCUUGUAUGAGAUCGCUGGUCGUGAUAUCAGGCUGUCUGUCUCCAGAUGAACACGACGUUUAAAGGUGUGAUGGAUGGCAGGAUGAUGAAAGAGAGCUUCAGAGCUGGAGGGAGGGAGGGAUAGAGUUUCUAAUGUUGUAAAUGGUUUAUUUCCUUUUGGAGUCUUUUUUUUGCUUUCAAACACUAGAAUGGACAACCUUUAUGUUGCUGAAGACGACUGCAGGACCUCGGUCCCGUAAUCUCAAACUCUGUAAAUUGUAAACCCUUUGGUUUGAUGCUUGUAAAACACACUCGCGGUUUGUUUAAUGUGUCUCUCAAAAAAGAAUCACUGUAUUUUUUAAAUACUUUUGUUGACAAUACUGACUUAAGUCUCUCUGAGCCCUCGAAAGACGGGACACAGAGAGAAAAGAAUUGAUGCUUAAUAAAGAUAUUCUGAUGUUUAUUCGACUGUUA